GGAUGGAGACAGAUGAUCCGCUGUGGCGACCCCUAAUGGGAGCAGCCGAAAAGAAGAAGACGACGUAGAAGAAGAAAAUGUUAAUAAGUCUGUACAGUUUUAAUGAGUCUGAGUGUUAAGUCUAUGCAAUGUUUUACUGUAGUUAUCAGUGCCUUUUUUUAUUAUUAUUAUUAUGAUGAUGAUGAUGAUGAUGAUGAAGAUAGUAGUAGAUGUUGUCUAAGUGACAGAAGGAGCUACAGUUCAGCAGUACUGUUUCUUGAAGAAUCGUGUUUAAAACAAUCACCACCUUGUAUCAUUGUUUUAUUGAACGCUUUAAUACGCCCCCUACCGGCAGGAGCAGGAAACUGUUGCACACACACACACACACACGCACAGUCCUGUCGCUCUCAAACCCCUGCCAUCUCCUCACACACACCAUGAUGGGCACAUGACCCACUGAUGACCAUCGCACGGUCCAUCUCCAGCCUGUAUGUUAAUGUUAGAUGAGGUGAAGAAGCCCGGAUGAAGGUUUUCACAAAUUAUAUGACAGUAAAUUAAAUGAGCUGUGACGUCACACAGACCCGCGCGUGACAAACGUGUAGAAAUUCUCGGAAGUCAAGGAGACACAACUCGCUCUGUGCUCCUGAUGUUCAUUGCAUUGCACCGGUUUCAGUAGCGGUGUUGGAAGUAUUCGUGCUGGUGGUUGUUUGUUGUGGUUGUAGCUGUUGCUGCUGCUGCUGAUGAUGAUGAUGAUGAUUAUGAUGAUGAUGAGGUCCGUGAUCUCGUACCUGAGCAGCUCAGAACUGGUGGCCGCUUUCCAGCGCGCCUGCGGUUUGUUCCCAGCCGCACGCGCCGCUCACGAGCGCUCGAGGGUCCACGAAGGGGGCAAGAAACCCGCGUGUCGGGAGGGUCCAAGCGAGCGCGCGGCGAACGGACGCCCGAAAAGCGAAGUGAGCUGCAGUGAGACCGGAUUUUCCCGCUGUGCGAGUUGGGUGAGGUGUGAAGUCUGAUAGGUGGGAAGGUUUCAUCAGCCUGAUGACACACUGAAGGACUGGAGUUUGCAGUAUGUAGUGAAGAACUGGCCACUGUUCUUCCUGUUUGUGGUCUCUACCAUGCUGGGAAACGAAGUGUCCUACAUCUCCUUUCUGCCCUUCAUCCACUGGAACCUGGAUCCCUUCCUGUGUCGGCGCCUGGUCAACAUGUGGACUGUGGUAAUGUAUAUUGGACAGGUGCUGAAGGAUAUGCUGAAGCUUCCUCGGCCCUUGUCGCCCCCUGUGGUAAAACUGGAGCAGCGUAUCGAGUUCGGCAUGCCAUCAACUCACGCUAUGGCAGCCACUGCCAUUGCCUUCACAUUGUUGCUGAGCGCUCCCGAGAGGGUGAAGUUCCAGUUCGAGGUUGGUUUGGUCGUAGCGGUUGUUCUUUCAGCCCUUGUGAGCCUGAGUCGUCUCUACACCGGCAUGCACUCAGCUUUGGACGUGAUCUGUGGGAAUCUGAUAUCCGCCCUCAUUCUGGUUGUGUCCUACCCUUACUGGGACAGUUUGGACUUCUUCCAGCUGAACAAUCCGAUGUCCCCAGUCAUCGCUUUGGUUGUGCCGCUCAUGCUAUGCUACAAUUACCCCGCGCUGGACCACUAUAGUGACUCGCGAGGGGACACCACGAUCAUUUUGGGUGCCGGGGCCGGCUGUUCGGUCGGUUACUGGCUCAACCAGCGGCUCGGUGUGACUUUUGAGCCCUCGGGGCCUUUUCCGGUGAACCUUCCUCCUAUGACUUUAAGGAUCUUUACCUUUGGAGUUGCGCGGUUCGUGGUGGGGCUUUCGAUUCUGGUGCUGACUCGGCAGGUGAUGAAGUGGAUCGUGUUGAGGGUGCUGUGCUGGUACUACGACGUGGCAGUCGACGACGUAGGUGCCCGCAGGAGGAAGGAAAUCGAAGUGCCGCUGAAGUUCAGCACGUACUUGGCCAUCGGGUUGGUCAACACCGUGGUCGUGUGCCGGGUUUUCGUGCUGCUGGGACUGCUGUGACUUUGCUAAUGCAACAAUUUAGCAGCAUCAAGACUUGGGCUGUGUCCCAGAUGCUAGUAUGUAAGACAAGAUUCCAAUUCCCAAUGUGGACAAAAUAUCUGUCUGCAAGCACCUACGAAAGGACAUCAUGUACCCUCUGGCUAUGUUACAGACCCGGCUGUCUGAAGUUCAAGGUUAGACCUGACAAUACACUGUAUGGACAAAUAUGAUAUGCUUUCUAUGGAGACUUUUUCUGCUAUGCAGCUCUGAACUCCAACCCCAGGCCUCCUGACUUUCCCAACACAUCUCCACAAAAUCUGGUGGAACAUCUUCCCAGAUGUUAUAACAGCAAAUUGAGACUAUAUGUGGAAUGGAAUGUCCAAAAACGCUCACAACCUUUCGUCUAUACAGUGUAUCAUGUAGGUAAUGUCAGUGCUGCUUUGACACAAGUUUUAUGCUCUUACAUUUGGGACGGAGCCACACAACGGCCAGCCCGCUAGCAUAGCGAUAACGAUACCAGAAUUAGCACGUGUUUACACCGACAGUGUUUGUGUGAUUAAGUUUCGGUUUGAUUCACAAAAUCCAAUCAGAUUAUUUAUUUCAUCCGGAAUAUCUUUACACAGGUUUAUGAUUUUUUUUCAUAGUAAAAUGUUUUCAGGUAAAAAUACCUGUUUAUGAGUCUGUUAGCAAACCGCUAAAGGGAAUGAAUAAACGAGCAAGUGACAAA